UCGGAAAUAGGUGUGUGGGAAUGAUGUUUUAUUGAACGCAUGAUAUGAUGGAUGCAAGUUGAUGUUUGUGAACGCAGUGGUAUAUCGAGAAUGGAAGGGGAUGACGUGUGAGAUGACAGAAUGACAGAUGGAUGAACGACGACGAACGAAGCACGAGCACGACGGAACAAUUAAAAUUUAUAUUAAUUGUAUUGAAAUAAAACGUGGAAGUAGUAAACGCGAAACUUUUAUUAAUUGUCUGAAGCCUGCAUCCCACAUUUUGGGGGCUUCGUCCGGGAUCGGCCAAAAGAAAAGGCAAGUAAUAAUAAUUGUUUCGACGCCAUUACGAGAAACAAACAACGCGUCAAUUGUACGAAUAUACACACGACGUAUUUAAAUCUUCAUUGUGUACGACGAUCACAAAAGAUUAAUACACGAGGAUGGCAAGACGACGAUCAAAAAGCCAGUCCUUCGAUGACGACGACAGUAUUUUCGAUCGACCAACGCGUGGUGGAAUGUUUCACUUAACGGAGAAUAUCAUCAGGAAGUUUGACGGCAAAGACAAAACUUAUGCUGUAACAAAGUGGAUACAAGAUAUAGAGGAAAAUGGUGACAUAUUCGAGUGGACACCAAAGCAACGGUUAUUAGUGGCUCGACGGUCAUUAACCGGCACGGCAGCUUUGUGGUUAAAUUCUGAAAAAACGUUUCCAUGCUGGGAUACUUUAAAGAUAGCCAUCAGUAAGGAGUUCCCUGACACCAUAGACGCCAAGACUAUUCACGAAAUGAUGAGUGCUAAAAAGAAAAAGUCAAAUGAAUCAUGCAUUGACUACAUGUUUGCCAUGAAAGAGCUUGGACGCCGAGGCAAAAUGGCGGACUACGUGGCUAUAAAAUAUGUUGUAGAUGGCAUACAAGAUCAAGAAAUAAAUAAAAUAAUGCUAUAUGGAGUCACAACGUACGCUGAAUUAAAGGAGAAAUUAAAAAUAUACGAGAUUUUGAAAGAAAAAAUGAAGAAAGAACCUAUUCACGGAAAAGAGCAGAAAAUUACUAAUACAAGAGAAUGGUCAUCAAAAGUUCGAUGUUAUAGCUGUGGAGAAAAGAGUCAUAAAAGUGAAGAUUGCCCGAAAAAGAUGCAAGGAAAAAAGUGUUUCAACUGCAACGUGUUCGGCCAUAUUUCUUCACAAUGUCCGGCAAAGGCGGAAGCGUCAUCGGCUACGGCUAGCAGCGCGAGAACAGAGCAGCAACCGAAACGCACGUAUAUCGCUACGACGCAGGAGGGCGCGAACACAAUUUUCGAAAAUCAAUCUAACGAAGUUCACAACGCUAUGAAUGCUGUGAUUGGCUCUGCGAACAGUACGGUGCGCGACAAAUGUCAUAACAGUGAGGUUGACAUUUUAAAAGUAAAUAAAGAAUGUAAAGUGUUGAAAAAAACUUUGAAAUUAGUAAAAUUGUGUAAUAAUAACGAAAUUCAUGCAUUAAUUGAUACUGGUAGUGAAGUUAAUUUAGUAACCAUGGACUAUUAUGAGCAAAUAGGCUCUCCGACGUGUUUUAAAAAUGUAAACACAGUUCUUACCGGUUUAGGCUCAUCAAAGGUAAUAUCAACUGAACAAUUUAAAACAAACAUUGAAAUCGACGGCUACACGUAUCGUGAUAUAAUAUUUUAUGUGAUUCCUAGAGACAGUAUACCUAUUAAAGUGAUAUUGGGACAUGAAUUUUUAAGAAAUGUUAUUACAGUUAUGAAAGAUGGUUUGGUAUGGAUGAAACCAAAUGAUUGGUUGUUUAAGGUAAAUUGUUUUCCAUGUUCUAUUGACAUUGUAGGUCAUGUUAUGAAUGAAAAUGUGAGGAAUGAAGUGACUAGGUUAGUAGAUGAAUAUCGGCCAUGUCAAACUAAAGAGGCUCCCAUUGAGUUGAAAAUCACACUUAAAGACGACAUCCCAGUGGCUCAACGACCACGACGCAUCUCACCAAAAGAACAGGAUGAGGUAGAUAAACAGGUUAAGGAGUGGCUGGAACAAGGAGUUAUUCGGGUAAGCUUUUCUGAAUAUACUAGCCCAAUUGUUCUUGUCAGAAAGGAUAAGCAGUUUGAAUUUAACAAUGAACAUAGAUUAGUUUUCAAUAUGCUUAAGGAAAAGUUGACCAGUAAUCCUGUAUUGAAAAUUUAUGAACCAAAAGCAGAAACAGAACUUCAUACAGAUGCCUCAAGUAUAGCAUAUGCGGCUAUAUUAUUACAGAAAGAUGACAACAGUGAACUACAUCCAGUACAUUAUAUGAGCAAGCGAACAACUGACGCUGAGAGUAAAUAUACAAGUUAUGAGCUAGAAGCUUUGGCUAUAAUAGAAGGUAUAAAGAAGUUUAGACAUUAUUUAUACGGAAAGCAUUUUAAGAUAGUUACAGACUGCAAAGCUUUUCAAAUGACACUGAAUAAAAAAGAUCUAGCAAUGAGUACGAGAGUGGCACGAUGGAUAUUGUUCUUACAAGAUUAUGAUUUCACUAUUGAACAUCGUGAAGGUUCGAAGAUGAAACACACAGAUGCUCUAAGCCGAAACCCAUAUGUAGCUCUUAUAUUUUCAGACCUACAUAGUGAUUUAAGACGUGCGCAAGAGAGUGACAACGGAUUAAAUGCAAUUAUAAAUAUUCUGAGAGAUGGUAAACUAUAUAAUGACUUUUAUUUGCAAGGAUUACUCUGCAAGGGACCACAACAUUGUUUGGUUGUACCACAGAAGAUGGAAAUUGAAAUUAUUAAGAGGGCGCAUGAUAAUGGUCAUUUUUCAAAGAAGAAAACAUUGGAAUUGAUUAAUAAGGAUUAUUACAUACCAAAAUUAGAGAAAAAGAUUGAGGAUUAUAUUGCUACAUGCAUACCUUGUCUGUUAGCAUCCCGUAAAGAAGGUAAACGAGAAGGAUUUUUGAAUCCCAUAGAAAAGGGUGACACACCAUUACAUACACUUCACCUGGACCACAUUGGACCACUUACGGAGACACAUAGAGGGACUGCAUUUACGAGUAACGAUUUUGCACAGUACUGUAAAGAGGAAGAAAUAGAGCAUGUAAAAAUAACAACAGGGGUUCCCAGAGGAAACGGUCAGGUUGAAAGGGUUCAUAGAACAAUAAUUUCAGUACUGACAAAACUUUCAGUUGAGAAACCUACAUUGUGGUAUAAGUUGGUAAGCAGAGUUCAAAGAGCACUCAACAGUACUUACCACAGGAGUAUAAAUAGUACCCCAUUUCAAUUACUCUUUGGAAUAAAAAUGAAGAGGAAAGAAGAUAUUCAAUUACUGGACCUUUUGAUGGAAGAAGAAAGACACAAUUUCAUUGACAGUAGAGAAGAACUUAGGAAGGAAGCGAAGAAACAAAUAUUUAAAGUACAAGAAGAAAAUAGAAGAAAUUACAACAAGAAAAUGAAAGAAUGUACUAUAUACAAGGAAGGCGACUUAGUAGCUGUGAAAAGGACUCAGUUUGGUACAGGAAUGAAACUGAAACCAAAGUUUUUGGGACCAUAUCGAAUAGUAAAGGUCAAAAGAAAGAAUAGAUACAAUGUUGAGAAGGCUGACGCACAAGUUGAAGGCCCUAACAAGACUACUACAUCUGCUGAUUUUAUGAAAAAGUGGCCUGAUUACUUAAGUGACUGAAUAAACAGAAAGGAUGAGUUCAAGAUUGGUAGUAUGAAAGGAUGAGUGAAUUAUAUUGUUAACCCUAGUUAUAGUUCUAUUAUGUUACAUUUAUUAGCAUACGAUGUUCUAAUAUCCUUUUAUCAUAAGAUGAGUUUUGUUUUUUUUUAAGUUAGUUUUGUUGUAAUAUGUUCAGUCUUUAGUCAUAUGAUGUUAAUGUAAUAGUUGUUAAUUGUUUUGUUUAAGAAUGAUUUAUAACUUUUUGUAUAACUUUCUCUAUGUUUUAAGAUGUUAGUGUUAUAAAAAGGUAACUCUGAGGACAGACUUACGUGCAGGACGGCCGAAUGUGGGAAUGAUGUUUUAUUGAACGCAUGAUAUGAUGGAUGCAAGUUGAUGUUUGUGAACGCAGUGGUAUAUCGAGAAUGGAAGGGGAUGACGUGUGAGAUGACAGAAUGACAGAUGGAUGAACGACGACGAACGAAGCACGAGCACGACGGAACAAUUAAAAUUUAUAUUAAUUGUAUUGAAAUAAAACGUGGAAGUAGUAAA